AAUAAAAGAAUCAAUAAUAAAAAUAAACAAAUGUAGUAAUAUUCUUUUUCCAUUUUGCUUUUGCUUAUUCCAUUUUGUCUUUGCCUUUUCUGUUUUGUCUUUGCUUUUUCCGUUUUGUCUUUGCUUUUUCCAUUUGCCUUUGCUUUUGCUUUUUCCAUUUUGUCUUUGCUUUUCUCACUUUGCCUUUGUCUUUUCCAUUUGCGUUUUGCCUUAGCUUGAGCCAUGAAGUAAAGGCAAAGGCAAAACGCAAAUGGAAAAGACAAAGGCAAAAGGAGAGAGACCCGCCUACAGCCAUUUGAUUGACAGCUUGAGCCAUGAAGUAAAGGCAGUCAAUCAAAUGGCUGUAGGCGGGUCUCUCUCCUUUUGCCUUUGUCUUUUCCAUUUGCGUUUUGCCUUUGCCUUUACUUCAUGGCUCAAGCUGUCAAUCAAAUGGCUGUGGGCGGGUCUUCCUGUCCAGGAUGACUAGUCCAUACCUGAUCACACGAUUCCUGCUGGACAGUGGUAGCUCUGUAUACAUGCUAGCUCUUAGCGCGGGCGACAGGAAGCAGUGUCACGGACAGGAAGGAACGUCUCUUUCGCGCCGUUAAUCAGAAACGUCCCGCGAACGUCCGAAGAGGUACAAUGGAGUCCGAGUCCUCAAUUUCUAAACUCUUGAGAGAAGCGGCUGACAGGCUGGAUGAGCUGGACUCAUCAAAUUCGGCAAGACAGCCAGCUGUAGCGACUGCGCCACCAAGGGAUCCCGUUGAUGGUAAGUAGUUUUCAGUUCCUUUGUAAACUAUUCAGAAAAUGCACUGUGAGUGGGGGUCAUGUUCAAGACGGCGACCGAGGCAGACGCAAGUCUUCGUGACUCAGCAAUAUUUUGGAUUUCUGUCCCUAACCUUCAUCCUCUGACUCUUAAUAUGUUGCGCUGAGUACCUAAAAUACCGGUCCUUCACUUAAUACUGAAUUUAAUUGCCCUUUUUGCCAACCGAAAUGCACGAGCACAGCUAGGCUAAAAAUAUAUAUAAAAGUUAUAAUAUAUAAAGAAGUUCUGGUCAAAUAGCCUGAUUGUUCUAAAUUACUGCGCUGGCUCAAACGCUAGUUGGUAACCGUGGCAACAGCAACUUCACUGAACUUUCUGAACUAUUUGAGGACAAAUGAAGAACUGCACAAAAUCAUGAAAACAGUUUUUCUGCUCUGCUUCAAAUUUAGAUGGUCUUAUAUUUCAAAAAAAGAAAAGUGUAUACAACUAGAAACUAUUAGUAAAACUUUAUUUCAUGUUUCCCAUAGCUGAGGUGACAAGAAUGUUCCUGCCCUAUCAGAGCACAUCUAGGUCUCUGAUCCCACGUCGCAGGCCAAUACGCCACAACCCUGGGCCCAGAGGAACUGUGGCUCCCACGUACUCGCACACCUUCUGCUGUUUAAGCAGAAAAAAUACCACAAUGGCACCAAAUCGCUCGCAGAAGCUUGAGCUGGCGAAUGCAGGUUUGGGCGAGAGACGAAUUACUUUUCAAGGCAGAGAGUCCUGCCCCCAGUAUUUUAAACAGUGUUUAUUGGAUGCCUUCCGGAAGCUGAGUGAAGCUGGGGGAUAUGAGCUUCUCAGGAUCCGGGGCUCAACACGAAGCCGGGAGUUGUCUCUAAUUUCCUGCCCAAAUACAGGAUACUGUGUCAAAUAUCUGAAGUCGCCACAAGCAAUGAUUGGGCAUGCAGUGGUUUACAUUCGGCCACUUCAGAGAAACUUGAACAUGGACAAAGAAGAUGGCGAGUCCACAGACGCAUCUGGACCCCUGAUUGCAUGUCUGUCUUGUGGAGUUGAGUUCCACUUUGAUUCAAUUAAGGCACACAGUGAGAUGUGUAAUAGAUUGGAGGACUGUUAGUGAUCCCCUUGAGGCCGUGAAGCUCUUCAGACAAAAUGUCAUGAAGAAUUCGGGUGAGGAGCUUCACUUCAGGAUGGACCUCGGAGAUUCUAUUGAAGCCAGGGAACAAUCGAUGAUCAGCUUUUACAAAAGGCAAAGAGUGGACUGGACGGCUCCCCUAACCUGUACACUUGAAGGCGAUGCAGCGAUAGGGGACGGUGUGAAACGGCAUUGUCUUUCCAGUGUGAUGUCCAAAUUACAAUUUGGAUUUGAAUGGAAAAUUGGUGCUGGAAAGACCCUGUUGUUCGAGGGUGAAAAGGAUCACCUUGUUCCGGCUGCAUCGCAAGUCUUCGUCGACAGUGACCUUUUUGUGGUAGCUGGCCGAAUGAUCGGACAUUCCUUCCUUCACAAUGGCCCUUGUUUGACUGGUCUAAGCCAAGCCGUUAUCCAUGUGUUGGGUGGUGGAAUGCCUGAAAUGGCUUCCAUUGACAUUGAAGACUGUUGUGAUACAGAUGUCAGGGAGGCAGUUGAACUGUUGAAAGGGUCCGCUGAGCUGACAGCAGAUCAGAAGAGGUCCAUACAGAGCUUGGCAAGUGGAUGGGAUCUUCCAGGAGUCACAGAAGAAAACCGGAGAUGGCUGACUGAAAAAAUUCUUUUUCAUGCUGUUCUUUCCAGGUCAAAAGGUCAAGUCAAACAGCUCCGCAAAGGACUAAAAGAGACGCAGGUUUUGGAUCUGGUGACCAAAAGACCAGACACCCUGCCGUUGUUGUUUCCAAGAAGCUGUGCUGUGUUAUACUCACCACAGUUACUUCUGGAACGCAUCAUUUGGCCAGCGGAGUCCGAUAGUGGUGAUGAGACUGAUGACACGAGUCUGGAGGAAAAGUGCCGUAUCUCUGGAUUUCUCAGAGAAUACAUUGAAAAUGCCUCCUCACAGUGUCUCCAGGAACUUCUGAAGUUCUGGCAUGGAUGGGAAGUUCCCCCAAAAGAGCUGUAUGUGGAAGUUGUACAUGGACUAAUGCCACGAUCCAGCACUUGCAUGGAGACUCUACGGCUGCCAUCACACUAUAUCUCUUAUGAUGCUUUUCGUGAGGCUCUGAAUGCAGCAAUCAGUUCUGUUCCAACAGGUUUUGGACUUGUUUAAGGUCUUAGGGCAGGGGUGCAUGCCUCUGUUAACGUACCAAUUGAAAUGCAAAUUUGGGCCAAGUUUUUGAAAAAAAUUAUGUUUUGACAACAUUUAGGUCCUGUGUGGUGAAAAUCAAAUUUAUUGUGUUUUAUGGUUGGUAUGAACUUGGAGGUGUAAAGUAAAAGCUGUUGGGAUAUGAUAUUCCUCAAGCCCUUCUACAAUUAGGUAGCCUCCCAGCUUUACAAGCAAGUAAGAAUUUUACUAAACUGCUUCCAGGUGAGCCGUUCUGAAUGAGCAGCUGCCUUGCAGACCGCCUGUACCCAGUGAAUUACUUUUAUUUUUGAUGGCAAUGUCCCCAAAACAACAGGGAAAUCCUUAAUAUUAGCAUUCAGCUUACUUUUCUUUUAUCUCAGGCAAUUAGUAGUUUGUUAAAGUUUUAAAUACCUUGUUGACAGUUUCGGUGGAGAUCCCUUCCAUAGCUGUUGUGCUUCAGUUUGUCCAAUGUUUACAUCUGUUUGCUUCUGUGCUCGCAUAUACUGUAUUUUAAUGCAGCCGAAUUCCCAACAAAGCUCUUCUCAUUCACAUAUUUUUCUGUUUCUGUUGAGUAUGAAAUUGUGACUGAAAUACAGCGAAGUUAAGACUACAUGUUAAUCAGCUGUCACUUCCACCUGUCUUAGGGGUUAGUGUUAGUUUAGAGUUUAGACCAGGGGUAGUCAAUCCUGGUCCUCAAGGGCCCCUAUGCAGCAUGUUUUAGAUGUCCCCCUCUUCCAACACACCUGAUUCAAAUGAUCAGGAUCGUUAUCAGGCUUCUGCAGAGCUUGAUGAUGAGAUGAUCAUUUGAAUCAGGUGUGCUGGAAGAGGGGGACAUCUAAAACAUGCUGCAUAGGGGCCUUCGAGGACCAGGAUUGUGCACCCCUGGCUUAGAGUUAAAAGUAAAAAUUUUAAAGGAGAGGAUUUUUAAUCCUAUUGUGUUUUUUAUUGUCAAACAAUUUGUUAAUGCUUUUAAGAAUCUCACAGUGUUAAAGUGCAAUAAAAAUAGUUCUACA